AUGGAGUUCAUACAUGAAGGAAGAGAAGUAUACUACGACUAUGAAGAAGAAGAAGACACCAGCGAGCUACUCAGCCAUCGCCCAUCCUUGGCCCUCCCACCUCCUUCCUCCUCUUCCUCCAUCAUGGAGAAGGAGCACAUGUUCGACAAGGUAGUGACCCCGAGCGACGUGGGAAAGCUUAACCGCCUGGUCAUCCCCAAGCAACACGCCGAGAGAUACUUCCCACUCGACGCCUCCACCAACGAGAAGGGUCUCUUGCUCAACUUCGAGGACCCCACUGGCAAGCCAUGGCGCUUCCGCUACUCCUACUGGAACAGCAGCCAGAGCUACGUCAUGACCAAGGGCUGGAGUCGCUUCGUUAAGGAAAAGCGCCUAGACGCCGGCGACACCGUCUCCUUCGGCCGCGGCGUAGGUGAGGCGGGCCGUCAUCGCCUCUUCAUCGACUGGAAGCGCCGCCCCGGUGGGCUACACUUCCCCCGCCUCCCGCUUCCAGGAUAUCACCACCACCAUCGCCGUGAGCUAUCCUCCUAUGUGAUGCCCUUCCCUCGGUCAGCCGUCCCGUUGACCAGCCUCGUCGUGCCGCCCUUGCCGACGUCAGGGGCGUCGGGCAUGGGGCUAUACGAUCGCCACCGCCAUGUGGGAUACGGGUACAAUCCGUAUAUGCUCUACCUGAGAUCGGAGGUGAGCCCGUCGCAAAUUGGGGUGCAACUUGGGAUCAGAGGUAGCGGGGAGGAGUCCCUCGCCAUUCCUAUGGUCCAGGGCAAGGGGGCCUCCAAGACGGUGAGGUUGUUCGGGGUUGACUUGGAUUGCUCAACAUCUAAAGAUGACUCAGGCGGAAACUCCGCGGAGCUAGGGCAUCCCCCACUGGCGUCCCUCCAAUUAAAGCUCGGGAGAUCGGAGAUGGCGGAUUCGCUGGAUAUUUAG